AAACAAAAAAAGUCAAUUUGUGUUCGUAUAUAUGGCGUCAUUUUUCUGCUUGUGUUUGCCAAUAUCUAUAUGAAAUUACAUUAUAUUCCCAUCGAAUUUAACAUAAAUUUGUAGAAUUCCAACAAUUUUGACGAUAUUUCAUUGUAUUGAUUGAAUUGUGAGUUGGAUAAAUUGAUUUCUAUUGUAUAAAACGAGCGAAAGGCGAUGUCGCAAAGAUUUCAGCCGACAAGCGGUGUAGCUGGUCCACCACAAAGUCCACAACAAGCAAGGUAUCAGCAACCAAUGCCACAACCACCACCCGGAACACCAAUGCGCCCAUAUUCCGGUCCAACUCAAAACUUUCCCGCACAACGAGGAUUUACGCCGCCACCGCCUCAAAUGAGUGCCGGUCCGCCAGUAAUGCAGCGCCAACCAUCUGGUCAACAGGGCAGUGGUUUUCAAACGAUGCCAAAUGCUCGUGUUGUCAAUCCAAAUACACCGAGCAGCAAAAGACCGCAGGACUCGCGUACUCAAAUGUCCGGACAGAAAAAUGCCGAUUAUCCAGCAAAGAAGAAGAAAAAGUUGGCCGAUAAAAUUUUACCACAAAAAGUGCGAGAUUUGGUGCCCGAAUCGCAAGCCUAUAUGGAUUUAUUGGCAUUUGAGCGUAAAUUGGACGCAACAAUAAUGCGAAAACGUCUUGACAUCCAAGAAGCCUUGAAACGUCCAAUGAAACAAAAGCGAAAAUUGCGCAUAUUCAUUUCGAAUACAUUCUACCCAAGCAAAGAGCCGGGCGACGGUCCAGACGCUGCUGAAGGAUCGGUUGCUUCAUGGGAAUUACGUGUUGAAGGUCGUUUAUUGGAAGACACCAAAAGUGAUCCGAACAAAAUCAAGCGCAAAUUUUCGAGUUUCUUUAAGUCGUUGGUGAUUGAGUUGGACAAGGAUUUGUAUGGGCCGGAUAAUCAUUUGGUUGAAUGGCAUCGUACUCAUUCCACACAGGAAACGGACGGUUUCCAAGUAAAACGACCAGGCGAUCGUAAUGUACGAUGCACAAUUUUACUAUUGCUUGACUAUCAACCAUUGCAGUUUAAAUUGGAUUCACGUUUGGCACGAUUGCUUGGCGUGCACACACAAACACGUCCAGUUAUCAUAUCGGCAUUGUGGCAGUACAUUAAAACGCACAAAUUACAAGAUGCACACGAACGUGAAUUUAUCAAUUGCGAUAAGUAUUUGGAGCAGAUAUUUGGUUGUCCACGCAUGAAAUUUGCCGAAAUUCCACAACGAUUGAAUCCAUUGUUGCAUCCACCAGAUCCAAUUGUCAUCAAUCAUGUGAUCACCGUUGAAGGUAGCACCGAACAUAAACAAACCGCAUGCUAUGACAUCGAUGUUGAAGUUGAUGAUACGCUAAAGAACCAAAUGAACAACUUCUUAAUGAGCACGGCCAGUCAGCAAGAGAUUCAAGUGCUCGAUCAAAAGAUCCAUGAAACGGUUGACACAAUCAAUCAAUUAAAAACAAAUCGUGAAUUUUUCUUGAGCUUUGCAAAAGAUCCGCAAACAUUUAUCCAUCGUUGGAUUGUAAGUCAAACUCGAGAUCUCAAAACAAUGACCGAUGUCGUUGGUAAUCCGGAAGAAGAACGUCGAGCUGAGUUCUACUAUCAACCAUGGACGAACGAAGCCGUUUCUCGAUACUUCUUCACCAAAGUGAAUCAGAAACGGGCCGAACUUGAACAGGCAUUGGGCAUUCGGAAUGCAUAAAUUUCAGUUUAUUUGCUGUAGAACACUUUUAUAAUUAUAAGCAUUCACCCAUAUCUUUAAACAGAAA